UCAUGCUGCUGCCAGGUCCAGAGUCUCUCAUGGGUCCCUGUACGGCCUCCCAUUGCUGCUGUCUCCAUCGCCACACUCUGCCAUGUGCCACUUUCAGGUCUCCUCACACUGCUGGUGUAUUCCAUUUUUUGUCAUAGGGUGCUGGCAGAUUACGGGCCUCCCAUAGCUGCUGCCAGGCCCCUAAUCUGCCAUGGGCCCCUAUAUACCCUCCUCAUGCUGCUGCCAGGUCCAGAGUGUGUCAUGGGUCCCUGUACGGCCUCCCAUUGCUGCUGUCUCCAUCGCCACACUCUGCCAUGUGCCACUUUCAGGUCUCCUCACACUGCUGGUGGGUUCCAUUUUUUG